UACUGCACAGGGACAUGUUUAACCUUUGUUAUAAGGGGCAGAAACUUCAAAGGAUAGUGCAAAGUAAAAGGAUGGAAGAGCCAUAUUUCACCUUUGGAAUUAUAGCAGAUAUUCAGUAUGCAGAUAAGGAUAAUCGAUUGAACUACCUGAAGACUAGUAUGAGAUAUUACAGGAACAGCCUGACGCAACUUAAAGUCGCCAUUAAGGAGUGGGCUACAGAAUCCAUAAAACCAAAAUUCAUUCUUCAACUUGGCGAUAUAAUUGAUGGAGUCAACACAAAGGAUAAUAGUUCAACAAUAGCACUUGAACGGGUGUUAGAGGAAAUGGACAAACUACCCAUACAAUUCCAUCAUGUAUGGGGCAACCAUGAAUUCUACAACUUCAGCCGAGAAUAUUUAAAUGGGUCUAAACUGAACUCUAGGGCUAGGGAGAACAGGAUCGAUCAGCAAGUGGGUACCUCUGAAAGUGGAGAAACCAAUGAUGAAUCGUUCUAUGCCUAUCAUUUUAGUCCCUUCCCCAAAUUUCGAUUCCUUUUAAUUGAUGGGUAUGAUCUUAGCCCCAUUGGGAGGGAAAAGACGAGCCUAAAGUAUGACAUUUCCUUCAAUCUUCUCAAGGAAAAGAACCCAAAUGAAGAUCUUAACAGCCCAACAGGACUUGAGGAGGAGCAGUUUGUACUGUUCAACGGCGGCAUCAGUCCGUCCCAGCUGGAUUGGAUUCAAAGCAUUUUAACGUCUUCAGAUAAAAAGGAAGAGAAAGUCUUUGUUGUUAGCCACCUCCCAGUUCACCCGGAUGCAGCCGAUACAAUGUGCCUGAUUUGGAAUUAUCCUGAGGUCCUGUCCAUGCUGCAGUCCCAUCCCUGUGUGGUGGGAUACUUGGCUGGGCAUAACCAUGAAGGCAGAUACUGCAUGGACCCUUCUGGAAUUCACCAUAUGACGUUCAGCGGAGUCAUAGAGACUCCUCCAGAAAGCCAGGCCUUUGGGACAAUGUAUGUGUAUGAGGAUAAAAUGGUUCUGAAAGGUAGAGGCCUUGUUGAAGAUAGAACGUUACACUACAGAGACCCUAAGAAUAUGCAAGUGGGACAUUAAAGGCUACCUGGCCCAUAAGUCUAAGGCUAAGUGUUGCCCCGUUCGUCCUAUUCAUAGCAGCCAAUCAACAGUUACCUUUUACUGGCUUGGUGGACUUAGGAUAAUGAAAUGAAAGAUAUCACUGGUUUCUAUGAGUUACUGAUCUAAUGUAGUUAGAAUAAUAAAAGCACAAAUCUGCUAUUACUGAUAUUAAGUUAGCAGGACCUUACCUCCUAAGAGGGCCCCAAUUAUUAACCUAUUGGUCACUUGGGGCCUCUGGGCAGAGGGCCCUGACAGCAGUUAGUGUGGGGCCACCUUAAUGAAAACAAGUGACCCACUAUAGCAAAACUCCACCCAAAAUCUGAACACUCUCCCAGAAGCCUCCCCCCCUUCAGGAUCAAAAAAUUUUACUUUUACAUCUCGUUGGGCCUCCUCAUCCAUGGGGACCCUGACUGCAAUACCCCUGUACCCCACACACAUUUAUUUAAUGUACCCAUUGUCACAUAUAUGGUUCAUAACAUACAUUUGAUAUAUAGGGGCUAUUUAAAAACAUCCCAGGUUCAAUGAAAUUAAACUCCAAACCUCCUCAGCCAAGUCUGCUGUUGUAAUUUACAGCUCAUGCAUCAUUCCUGCGGUAAAAUACAGACAUCAUUUAUUAAUUUUAUUUAUAUGAAUUAUAAAUUGUGUUUCCUGAGCCUGUUUUGGCAGGGCUGUAUCGAAUGCAACGUUAGAAAAGAAGGGGCAGCGUUUAUACACUAAAAGCCAACUUUAAUGGAACUUUGGCUCUUAAAGUUACUAGGGCUUUCUUUUUAUUACCACUGAUAACAUGCUGUCUGAAGCAAGGUUCUCUCCAGGCAGAGGUGGCAUUGGGUCAGGCCAAGGUCUAGGCUGCCAACAAGCAUAUCCUCCUAACAGAAAGGUAUAUCACUUGCUGUAACCUCUUGGUCCAUAAUCAUAGCCAGCAAGCAAACCCUCCCAAUGGAAGCAUGUGGUACUUUCUACCCUUAUGCCUGGUUUUAUCCCAGGAGUAGGAGUAGUGGUAACAUGUUGGUCUAGUUCAAGCAGACACUCCCUUGUACUCAGUAUUGGAAAUUAAUCAAAUUACAACUUUAUUCUUUUUCUUUUAAAGCCAAUGUAUUAUAAUAUUAAAAGAUCACCCUUCAGACAUCCAGUCUUACUGUGGGACCACCCCCUUAAAAAUAAACAUGAGUUUCAGUG